AUUUUUAUCGCAUCACUUUUCAUUUGAAAUGAGCUCUGGAUCAAUUGGUUAUGUGCAUAGAAUUGUGACAUAGCAUUGUAGUAUCCUGAAACACGUUAAGAUGUUCUCUCUUGUUUUUGUUACGUUUUCCAGACAUUUUUUAUAUAAAGUAUUUAUAGACAUGUAAUCUUUCUUUCCACAUUUUUCCUUUUAAAUAGUACACCUUUGUCAAUGGUUGCAAGUGUAACACCGUUUUUUUUAAGAAUUGUCAAUUAUUGUAUUGUUAGUUUGAAAGAUUGACUACUACUGUAAUUUGUUGGGGUUUUUUUUUGUCGUGAAUAUUCUUAAUCAAACCGUUUACGUUUUAAUUAAUGUUAAUCCUCAUUUGGUCUCCCAUUUCAAAAAAUCUGGUUUUUUUACUUUUAACUACAUCAGGUUGGAAUCAGUGUGAGUUUAAGUCAGCUGUGAACGUGCAUGAUGUGAUUGUUUGUUUGUGGGCAAGCAUGAUUGAAUUUCUUUCAGGAAAUCCUUUUAUACCGAUGAAAACAGAAGCAAAUACAACGCGUAGCAUCUCAGUCGCACCCUUGCACCGAAAACAGCGUUAUUAAAGACAUUUUUAUGGUCUCUACCUGUUUUCUUAACUGCAUUAUUGCAUAUGAUUCUACUUAGCAACAUCAUAUAUAAAUUGUAAAUAUAAUAAAAGUGUAAAAUGAUAAAAUGAUGUUUUUUCAUGUUUAAGGUGACACUGUUGAUAUAACAACGGUUAAAAUAAAUGAAGACAAGUCAAGUCAACAGGUUUACAAAUCAUCCGGAUGUCCUUGGGGUGGAUCAAAGGUCAAUGAAAAAUUUGAAAUGUUUCUGGUAGAAUUGAUAGGAGCAGAAACAGUCAGGACAUUCUUUGAAAAGCAUGUUAUUGACUACCACGACAUGCAAAUGGAUUUUGAAGGCAGGAAAAGAGAGACGAAAGGGUCAGAUGAUCAAAUACCGUUCAAACUCCCAGAUUCACUCCGACAGUUAUGGGAACGUGCAGAAGACAAAGAAAUCGAUGAUAUACUUGAAGAAAAGGAAGGGUUUGGAGAAAUUGAAUAUAUGACAGGCCGGUUAUUCUUGGAAGCUAAAAUAAUCCAUAGGUUUUUCCAAGAGACCAUCGAUGGCUUACUUAAAUACAUAAAUGAAGAGGUUUUUUCAGAGAUGUCAAAUAUUUCAGUAAACUCAAUUAUCUUGCUUGGUGAAUUUGCUGAAUCAAAUUAUGUAAUGCAAUAUGUGAGUGAAAGUCUCCGAUCUCUUCAUAUUCCUGUAGUGAGGCCACAAUUACCAGAGUUAGUCGUAUUGAAUGGUGCUGUUCUGUUCGGUCAGACUGAAAAGAUUGUAACGUCAAUAAUUUUGAGGCAUUCUUAUGGAAUUGCAAUGACAACGGAAUUUGUUCAAAACAAACACAAGGAGGAUGAGAAAUAUGAAUUAGAUAAUAUGAUAAUGGCAAACAAUGUAUUCAGAAAGCAUGCCACUAUCGGGCAAACCGUUCCAAUAAAUGAAUGGACUUCUUCAAAGGAAUAUUAUCCAGAAAAUGAGAGGGACAGAAAAACUACUUUUUUCAUUUUCACAUCGGAUUCAGUAGAUCCUGUUCAUACAACAGAAAAGGGUUGUAAAUAUAUAGGCCAGGUUGGUGUAGAUUUCGGAUAUAACAGUGAUUCUACUAUGAGGAAGGCAGUGAAAGUGGAGUUCAAAUUUGGGGCGACAGAGCUCAAAGUUAGAGCCGUUACUUCGACCUCCAGCAAACAACACGUCAGCUAUUUUAAUUUACAAUGAACCCUAUUCCUUACUUGACUUGUUAUAAUGUUAUUAUUAUUUUAGUGAACAUUGAACAUAGAGACGGUCUUUUUAACUGAAGAGUUUUAAAAUUGAAAAGAGUUAGCAUAUUAUUGUUGUACGUGAAUGUUUGUGGUAUCUUUGGUACCUUCUAUUCGAACUUCUCCUAGUUCGUGUAUUCCUACUUGAAUACUAUUAUUCAACCUGAAGAUAUGGUACUUUUUUCCUAAAUUUGUCUUUUGACGUCAAGUCUGUGAUAUGCAGGCUUCAUAAGCUUUGAUCCCCAUUAAAAUUCCAUUUGAUUUAAUUCCGCCAAUUAAUUUCUCGUUUGGGGAACACGCAUUCGUUAACUUCGGGACCAUACGCUACUUUACAUGGAAUGCCACGUCCGUGUCACACUAAAGGUUCCAUGAUAACCGCCGUAUGAACACAUCUGCGGAUGUUUCUAAAUUCAAAGUUUCACCUUUUUCAUGUUUAAAUGUUGAAUUCUGCUUAAGUCGGUAGUAGGGAUACCUUGCACUUAUCAGCAACGUCCAUAAAUAGGCUCAACCAAACCAAGCCUGCAGUAGUCUUCAAUUGUGUCAGUUCUUUUCUCUCUAUUUUUUAUAUUACAAUAGUUUGCAUACUGCUUUAAUCUGUCAAACUGACAUUAUCAUAUCAUACAUACAAUUCAUAAACAGCCAUUGAAAACAUUUUAUAUGAUUAAUUGAAUCUUGUGUUGCAUUUAACUGUUUAUAUUCAAAAUGAACGUAAUAAGUCGAUUUUGAUAAUAUAAAAAAUGUGUAUGCAAACCUAAAUGUAUAGAUUCCUACACUGCCAUACUUACGUUGUCGAA